CGAUCAUUCCGUCGUUUGCGCUGUACUAAGACGCGGGUACGGUUGUGGCGCUUGCGUGUGAUACCCAGCUACACUGCUACACCGGCAUGGGGAAAGAUGACCGAGAAUCUCAACCAUCGGCGGUGCCGUACGAUCGACUGCUUCCAGAUGCCGGAUCAACAGCUGAUUUACUGGGUGCGCAACAAAACAACCACGACGCAGCAACAGCAGCAGCAGCAGCGGCGGCAGGAGUUGUCGCAAGCCCCCGUGAGAUAAGACAAACGCGUCAUCCCGUCUACGGUACGUAUCCGAACGGCGCACGGCACGCCACCAGUAUGGGCGGGGAAGAGCCGGAAGGAACCAGCGCAGAACACGAGCAACUGUUUGCCGACUAUCGGGACGACGAGAACGACGAGCGCAAGGAUUCGAUCGACGAGACGACCGUCACCGGCGAGGGGAUGGACCGUGCAAAACGGAACGCCAGCAAUCGGAACGCGAACAACCGGGCAGUGGAGCGUAAUGCCACGUUCAGCAGAAAGCUAGUGCUUGCCAAUGUGCUGAUCAAUGUGCUUAUGUUUGGUGUGGCCGGGUUCAUCACCUAUCAUUGCUUCAACCAUGCGAUGGUGCUGUUUUCCUGGCACCCAACGUUCAUGUCCAUUGGGUACCUGAUCCUGAUGUCCCAGGCCGUGCUGACUAUGUCCGGAGCGAACUACUUCACCCACCGCUGCCACCAUCGCACGAAGGUGUUCCUGCACUGGCUGCUGCAGGCCGUGGCCGGCGUACUCAUCUCGAUCGCGUCCGUGUGCAUCUUCCUCAACAAGGUACGGCUCGGCAAGCCCCACUUCCAGACGCUGCACGGUAUCUUCGGGCUGGUGACGGUGUGCCUCACGCUCGUAUCGAUCGCCGGUGGCGUUACAACGAAGUAUGCGUUUCAGUUGCGCCACUAUAUGCGCCCGAUCUACAGCAAGCUGGGGCACGGUAUCGUGGGCACGGUGGCCUACCUGCUCGGCACUGUCACGAUCUCGCUGGGCGUUUAUUCGCGCUGGUUCCAGGAGGACAACGAUGCCAACGUGCGGUUAACGCUGGUGAUAGCGAUCGGUACGGUCGCGCUGUAUGUGAUCGUUGCGCCGAUCGCCAACACGGUGCAGCGAAUCCGCACGGCCGUGCGGACCACGCUUUAAGCACACACACAGCAUAGUUUAAGUUAUAAGACCUGGGAAAUUAAAAAUUUCCUUUCUCAUCCUUUUGAAAGACACCGUGACGAAAGCAGUAAUAAAAUGUUGCGUACAACUUUA